GUACUUCCUGUAUUUUGCCCCGCUUGAUUUCUCAUCAUAGUUUUUUCCAGGGUCGGUAGUCUUGUGACAACCUCUGUGUGUUGUCUUAUCAUCUUGCAAUUUAUUCACCCAUUUUAAUUUGUUUAUGCUCUCGAAGGAAUUAUAUUAUCCAGGAGUAACACUUGAUACUGGCAUCGAAACUUGGCGUUAAUUUCCCCCUUCUCUUCUUUGUCUUUCCUUCUGCACUUGUGCCAGCCAAGGGCCAUCAUAAAUAAUCCGUGAUUACCCUAAUAUUUAUACAACUGACACUACUCGAAACUUAGAUGUGGAGGUAUUAAACGUGUCAAAAUGAUUAGAACUCCUUCAUAUUUGGUCAGUACUAAAGCAGGGAGCAGUUUGAUUCUUGUGUUAUUUUAUGACACUGUUCAACUACAAAAUUUAUAUAGCUUUGAUUGGUCGAAGAAUUGGAAAGGUGUAUGGAAAAAGCCGUAGCCUAUUUUAAAGAAAUAACCAAGUAUUUGCCUACACGAACUUGAGGAAACAACUACGUACCUCAGUCAAAAUAAUUGGUUGUGGGAAACAAAAUAUAUCGCUCAAGAUAACUGGUCUCAGAAUCUAGAUUCAAACCUGAGACUCAGAAAUGAAGUAUGGAGUGAUAACCAUUCAGCCACAACUUUGACAUGAGAAAGUGAAGAUCGAUACGGCCUGUUAUAGUACAGUGAAUACCAUGUUCGAGUUGAUAGUGUGGUUGAUGUCAGGUGGCCGAAGAUGAAGAACAGCGAGGGUCGCUUCUGAAUCAAUAGAAAGUAGCAAAAGCAAAGUUCCUGCCAAGAGGGUAGAGGGAUGGAGUAGGGUGAGAGGGGUGGAGCAUUGCGGCAGAGCGCCCCCUGGCACAACCCUCGCAUCAUCAGAGUAAGGUACGUCAGUCCAGGCGCACGUGGUACAACAAUGGUUUCAGGGUCCCUCACGUAGCAGCAUCACAAGGUUCCGACGAAUAUAACUGAAGACUUUAGUCGUGAUUGUCAAAAAAAUCUGGUGGAACUGAACCACAUUCUGCCGAAUUAAAGUCUGUUUCUUGAAGUGGAAGUGAGAUUUCCAUCAUGAGUCCAUUCCUGAAGGUGAUGCAGCUGUUCCUUAUGAUGACAGCAACAGUACUGGGAAUGUUGGUACUGUUGUUGGUAACACCUGACCUGGAGGAAACCAUGCUGAGGGCUGUUAGACACUACACUACCCCACACUACAGCUUGUAUGGACAGGACAGCGAUUUGUCAUCGUGGCUGCUGUCAUGGCAAAACAAAACAUCAACAAGAAAAGUUUGGUGUGGCUGCAUACAAGAAAUAGAAGUCUUGGUCGCAUUGAUAAUUAUUGUGCCCACAUUGCGAGGAAAAUGUUGCCUUGGCCACACUCAGUUAGUGCCAACACACAAUGACGUCAACACCGUCAAUUCACAGUUGGACCCACACAUACCAGGUUUAUCUGUGGGCAUAGAAGUUGAUAGAAACAGAAAGACGUUCAUUCCAUGGCCUUACUCUGAAGAAUGCGGUCGCUAUCGCAUCCACUUUGCAAGACAGAAAUCACUGCCCAUGACUGCUUUAGUCUCCUUCCCUGGAAGUGGUAACACUUGGGUACGCUAUCUUCUGGAAACAGCAUCUGGCAUAUUCACUGGAAGUGUUUACAUUGAUCGGAGGAUUAUAAGUAAAGGUUUCUAUGGCGAAGCUGUCCCCCCAGACUGUGGCUGCACAGUGGUGCAGAAGACACAUGGUUUUGCAUUAGACGGCUUGGUUCCUGCAGGAUUAGCUCAGCGUACAGCAGAAAUGAAACUGUUUCAAGGUCGGGGCAUACUACUUCUGAGAAACCCAUAUGAGGCUCUUCUAUCCUACCGAAAUUUCUUAUAUGGAGGUCACACAGGUUUCGCUCCCCACAGUCGAUUCAGAGGACCAGAAUGGGAGAGAUUUGCUACUCAGUUGGCAGUAGUAUGGAAGGAGUUGGCUGCUACAUGGAUUAACUAUACCAGGGGGCAUGAAGCCAUGGUCCUACAUUUUGAGAAGCUUCAUCUUUACCCACAUCAUGACCUUAGCAGGCUGUUGGAUUAUUUAGGCAUUUCUGUGGAUGAACAGAGGAUUGGCUGUGUCAUGAAUCACAUAGAUGGCCCAUUUAAGCGGCCACAGUCUUCACAGCAAAUACUCUUCAAAACCAGGGACCCAUUCUCUGAGAAACUACACAGGAUUCUGGAUGCAGUAAUCUUUGACCUGGACCGGAUGCUGGAAAAGCGUGGAUGGGACCGGAUACCUAUCCAUCUGUACAAAUUCUACAAACGCAACUCAACAUAGCACAUGACCCCAUUACCCAUACAGUGCCUAGGAAUUAAGUUCCUGCCAUUAUAGAUGUGGGCAGCAGGAAGAAUUGCUGUGGAUUUAUUAGUGCUGUUAUAAAUUAUGCUGGUGUUUUAUCUAGAGAGGAUUGGUAAGUAUGUAUCUUAUAUACAAAGAUGGCCUGAGAAUGAAGAAGAAUACAAGACACAUGGACAGAUUGAACAUGGUCACACAGGGGAGGGAGAUAGAAUCCUGCUUACUCUUUUAACAGGUUUCCUACUAAACAGCUUACCUUUUCAUGUUCACAUAUUUGUGUUCUAUCAUGGUAUUUCUCACAGGUUAAUGACAAAAUUAUAUUUUUGGUGAAAAUUCAGAUUUUCCACACUUCUGACAUCAUGAUUUUUAGCAUUGCCUGUUGACAAAGACUUCAAACUGGUAUAAUAGUUGGAAAUAUAGUAGAAAAAGUUAAAAUCUGUUGCCAUUAUUUUCUCUCCAAUAUGUGCAUUAAGGGAGGUGUGGGAAUGUUUCCACCCCAGUAACAGUCAGUUUUGUUAUAAUGUGCCAGAUACCAUAUACACAUGAAUCUUUGUGUGUUUGUCUCUGUGAGAAGAUUAACAGAAUGAAAUAAAAUGGACAAUAGGAAGGAAUAAAAUAGGCAACAAACACAAAGAAAGACAAACUUGGAGUAGCUGUUGCAUAAAUUGACCGUAACAAAAUAAAUUAAUUGUAAUUGCAGUAAAAUAUUAUUUUAAUAUAUUUAAAGGGGAAAAGUUGUUUUCAAACUUUAAAUUACAAAACCAUUGGACAUACAUUGAACCUUUGUAACAAAAGUAUGUGAAAUGGACAAUUCUAUGCAAAUUUUUUGUAUGAGAGAAGGAUCAUUGCAGAAAAAAUGCUAUUACAGAAUAUUUAUGCUUGGAAACAUUAGUCAUGACACACUGAAACAAUUUUAUAUUAUGUAAUUCAGGAGGUUAGAAAGAUCAAUAACUGGGUUAACAACUGUUUAUGGAAAAAAAAACAUAGAGAAAUCUUGGACAUAUUGUAGUAGGCCUGUAAUUAUUUUUACAACAAAAUUAUAUGAAAAGAGGAAGACAGAAAUUUUUACUUUUUAUUACCAGAGUGUUUUCUUGUUGAACUAGGUCACCCCACUACUCUGGAAGUAGCACUCCAAUUAUUAAUGUGGCCUGAUAUACAUUUGAAUGAAUUAAGGACUGGUCUACUGCAGGACCAGUAAGGUGGGAGAGAAAGAUUAGUUGGUAGUGAAAAUUGUAUAAAAUUUUCUUAUCCUAGGCAGGAACAACUAAUGCUGUAAAGAUAUUUCCAAUCGUGGUGGCUGUGUGGUCUAAGGUUUUGGGCUUUGAUUGCUUGAACACUUGGAUUAUGGGUUAAAAUUCCAUUUGAGGCUUGGAUGUCUGUCCGCAUCUGUGGUGUGCUGUCCCAUAUAAGUGGAGGCCUUGCAUUGGGCCGAUCACUUGUCCAAGGUGUCCUACCGUAUGACAAAACAGAUUCAUAAUUUAAGGAGUAAUUCUGAAUUGGAACAGGUCAGAAGAUCUACUCUAUAAAAGGUGAAAUGAAUCAGCCUAGUCCUUUAGCAAGUAAGUCAUUAACUCUUAUGCUGACAUUUUUGUCUAGAGUCCUUGAAAUUCUCAAUCACUGUCUUGUCCAUUUAAAUGUCUGCUUUUCAAAAGUUAAAUAAUUAUAGUUAUUACAUUUAAAUAAUUACAGUUGUAUUUUCUGAAAUAGAAAAGGAAAUACAAGAAAAAAAGAAAUGCAAAUAGCUUGUUUAUGCCAAUACAAAAAUUUAUACUGGUUGCUAUCUUUUGUGACAGGUGUCAUGUAAGUUAUAGGACAAAAAAAAUAAUAAAGCAACAUUUUCUGACAUAAUAAAUAAUUAAGAAAAUAUGACAAGUUUGAAGCUUAAUUUACUGUAUUAUAUGUUGAGAGCAACACAUGACAGAUUGAGGAUUCUGAGUGGCAGUAUUUUACUCUAUGCAAUUUCUGGCCUUUUCUUCUUUAAUGAAGAUGUUAUUUAUUCUCUUUAUUAGAGCUAUUAAGAUAAACUAUGCUGGCCUAAAACUGCUCACGCUACGCCUUAUUUUCUACAAAGUUAUAUUUCUACAUUAUUAACUGUUUAUGCACACACCCACGAUAUAAAUAACAUUAUUUACAAACUACAUUAAGAGGCACAUGAAGUUGUGCCACAUAGCAAUAUAAGAACUUCCAUUUAAUUGUGUAAUAGACUUCCAUGUAGAUAGAUUGUGGGACGCUUGACAAUUUAUGAAAUGAAAUAAUGUAAGAAUUUUAAAUAAGGAACACAAAAGACAGAAUGAAAUUAUGAAUUAUGUCACCAAUAGAUUAUUAAAAUAAAUAUUUGAAAAUUCUUA